AUGAAGGUGCGACGCCGCCAGGGCCGCACGCUCAACCUCGGCAUCCCCGGUGGCGGUGUUUCGGCUCGGGAAGGCCUCGGCCGUGUAUCAGCCUCGGAGAUGAAGGUGGACGGCCAUGCAGGAGAUGAAGCAGACACGACAUUCCGCAAGACACUCAAGGCUGUUUCUGUCCUUGUAGGAAGAAACCAGGAAACUUGCGAGUCUCUCGUCUCGGAUUUCUCCUCCCUCGCUCCCCGCUCCGGCCUCGGGGUCGCCCAGGUGAAGGAGAUGGACUCGGCCGUCGACUCCCUGUCGACGGAGAUGCCCACUCUCAUCAUCACACCACCGUACGAAGGCCGCCCCACAGACAACGCCAAGAAGUUUGUCGCGUGGGUCGAAGGGAUGGCAGCACAGGGGAAGAAGCUACCUGAAGGUGUCGAGUUCGCCGUCUUUGGUGCGGUAAACAGUGACUGGGCUCACACGUUUCACCGCAUCCCCAAGCUGAGCCAGAGCCUGUGUGUCACGAUUUCCGGUGAGAGCAGUGCGAUUGGCAAGAUUGGGCGCGAGGAGCGUGCUGGUGUCGACGUUGUCAUCGAGAAUGCCAACUCUGUCAAGGUCACAUCUCAGCAAGGACCCGGUGGUGAGCCCAUCCUUCUCGCGACUGUCGUGGCCCAUCGUGAGCUGGCUGCUGCUUCUUCGUUCGGAGCUUCGAAACGUCAUAUUGACCUCCGCCUUCCCCUCGGCACCACAUAUCGAUCUGGCGGCUGCGUCGUUGUGCGGGGCGAGAACUCGGCUGCGAUCGUCUCUCAUGUCAUGAAGCGAUUCAACCUUGGGCCCGAGGACGUCAUGAAGGUUCCAUCCAGCACCAAGACCUUCCUCCCUUCUCAGCCCAUGGCGAUUACCGAGUUCCUCAAGAGGAACGUUGAGCUGGCUACGCCCAUCACAAAGAAGCAGCUGAGCAUCCUCGCCUCGUGGGCAGACCGUGACCGCAAGGAGAGCUACCGUCUCGGGUUGAUGCAGGAGGACUACAUCUACCAACAGCUCUUGGAUAGGAGGUACUCGCUUCUAGAUGUUCUCGAGGACGUCCCCCGUCUAAAGGUGCCCUUCGGCGUGUACAUAAACCUUCUCGUCCCCCUAGCGCCCCGUACAUACUCCAUCUCCUCAUCGCCCAUGGACCCCCACAGCCUGGAGGGCUCGGGCGUUGUUGGCCCUGCCGUCUCUCUGACAUUCGACCUCCUGGAGAGCCCCGCAAUGAGCGGCCACGGGACCUUCCAGGGAGUUGCGAGCUCGUACCUUGCCAGCCGCAGCACGGGCGACCGUGUUUUCUGCCAGGUGUGCAGGGCCAACCGUGCAUCUGCCAAGACUACGGGGAAUGUCGAGCUGGGCCCCGCUCUACUCUUCUUCGGCUGCCGCAACCCUGCGGAUGACUACCUCUACCGGGAGGAGUUUGAGGCGUGGGAGAAGGACGGUAUCGUCGAGGUCAUCGCGUGCUUCUCUCGGCCUGCUGACGGUCGAAAGGGGGAGUACGUUCAGUCGCGACUGUGGGAGGCGCGAGAUCGUGUCUGGUCAUCGUUACAGGAGGGCGCAAGGGUCUAUAUCUGUGGCAGUGCGGCUAGGCUGGGCAUGAGCUCUACCGAGACUUUCAGGAAGAUUUGCAGAGAGAAGACGGGCAAGACUGAGGUGGAGACGCUUGAAUGGUUGGAGAAGAUCAAAGACAUUCAGUACAUCAGUGAUGUCUACUAA